GCUGUCAUCCAGAUCAACAAGCCACUGUUUUAGCAGCAUUUCGAUAAACACUCGCUGUUCCUCGGUUGAUGUCAGUCGCUAGCUGUCUCUCCAGCAGGACGUUCCACGGGCGAUCAGCGACCAGCCAGCACACAACUAGCCAGCCACACAGCCCGGAUGACAUCGUCUGUUCAACUUUAAGAACAACUACCGUUAGCUCGUUUUUUUUUUGCCUUAAAUAAUUUCCACGGUCCGUCAAGACUGUGACAUCCAAACAGCCAACGUCAUUUUUUCCCCCGUUUGGCUGAUUCUGUAAAAUAAAAAACCGAGCUAGCAAUAGCGUUUCGUCGUUACUCGUCUCGAUCGCUCACGUUAGCCAAGUUGUUUUUUUAUCUUCUUCUCUUUUUUUAAACAGAGCCAUACUGUUGUCGUUUUUUCAUUCAAGCGACCUUCUUUCUCCACCGGCCGUGUCGUCAAAACGUUCGUUUUUAGUGAACAAUUAGCUUAAAACGACGCCAAAGCAAGCUGUUGAAGAAGUGUUAGCCUCAGCUAACUCCAAACCCUUAACGUCACCUGAACCGUUUUUUAAAAGAACAAUCAUAAAGGAGCAGGCUUAGUUUGUUCGUGAGCCGAUUGUUGCCUGUUUUAAGGACAUUUAACUUUUAAAUAGCCCGUUUGAUACGCUGCAGGAGUUACCCGGUAACGGUCGCGCUCACCCUUUUAAGUUAAAUAACAACUGUCCGAACUGCGAGCUCACUGAGAAGGAGAUCAGUCGGUGUAGAAUCCCUCAUCGGAUUUAUUAUAAUAACAGUGUUAUUGUUGAAAAUGGCGGCGAUCGGAAUGGUGCAGAUGUUGAUCGAAGCAGCCGAGUACCUUGAGCGCAGGGAACGAGAAGCCGAACACGGCUAUGCCUCCAUGCCCCCCUUCACCAGCAGCCAAGAGAGGGAAAGCUUGAAAAGGAAAAGCAAAAGCAAGAAAAACACUAGUAGCAGGUCUACGCACAAUGAAAUGGAAAAGAACAGACGGGCAAAUCUCAGGCUGUGCUUAGAGCGCUUGAAGUCCCUCGUUCCUUUAGGACCAGAUGCCAACCGGCACACCACCCUCAGCCUGCUGAUGAAGGCCAGAGAUCACAUCAAGAGGCUGGAGGAGAGCGACAGGAGAGCUCAGCACACUGUGGAGCAGCUGCAGCGGGAGCGCAGACACCUGAGGAGGCGUCUGGAGCAGCUCGGGGUGGAGAGGACCCGCAUGGACAGCACCGGCUCCAAUGCGUCCGACAAGUCCGACUCCGACCAAGAGGACCUGGACGUGGACGUGGAGGGCACGGACUACCUGCUGGGCGACCUGGAGUGGAGCACCAGCAGCGUGAGCGACUCUGGGGACGAGCGGGGCAGCCUGCGCAGCAGCUGCAGCGACGAGGGCUACUCCAGCGCCAGCCUGCUGCUGCUGCAGGACACUCAGGAGAGGGCCAAGCAGAUAGGCUGCAGCCUAUAGACGGCGCCACUGGUCGCCGACCCGCCUCCAGCUCCCCCCCAGCCAAUCCCAUCCACCUAGAUUGCCUCAUCACUCCUUAAAUCCCGGCCCCGCCUCUCCCUCUCCCCUCACUAUCCAUAUAUACAACGACUGACCGAGUCCGAGGCCUCUCGGACUUACUGUUCCCACGACGACUUCCUCGAAGGCACCGUCCACAUCCAGCCCAUCAUCAUCAUCAUCAUCAUCAUCAGCGGUCAGUCUUCAGGGUAUCCCCCGUUCUGUCCUGCACCAAUCAAACGAGUGGGAUUUUAAAGACACUCCACCCUUCCGUCUCUCCAUCCGUCGGAAACACUACUUUCAGCCAGAGAAUGUUACCACACAAUAUCCCACUGCCUCUUUUUCUAUGCCUCAGGAGCCAUGGGAAGCACUUAUGAGAUUUCACCCCAGCGUCACACAUACGUGGUCACACACACACACACACACACACACACACACAUACAUCCCUUCCAUUGCCCCAGCGAGACAGAGUCCCCCCCAAAGGUUUAACACUGACAUGAGGGCUUGUUUUUAGGCCCCAGUCACCAAUCAACCACCUGUGCAUGCUAUUGUGCACUUUCAAUUGCUUUUACAAACUAAACCUUUUUUUUUUUUUUUCUUCUUCUUCUUGUUUUAAGAAAAAUGUCUGAAAAUGGUAAACGCCCCCACUCAUGACGUGAGUGUUAUUAGAAACGUGGUCUGCUGUGCUGUAGGGGCGGUAAAGUGUAACAGUGUGUUGUGUUGAACUGUUUAGGCCGACAGCAAUACGUCCCCUUGGUGUAACCCCCCCCGUCAUGUUUCUGUCCACGCCUGCCAUUCGGCAUUUGGGGUACGAAGUAACACAAAAACAAAACGAAAAAAAAAAAAAAGAAAGAAAUGUGUGCAGCAUGAGAUUGUGACAGGGCUGUGGGAAGGUUUCGGGGGGCGGGUUCCAUGUUUUUUGCCUCUCUCUGAUGACCGUGGCGUUUUUACAGCAUCCUUUUAUCAUAAACGUGUGUAUGUCACGUGUGAACCUGGCGACCUUUUAACAGCAGCCUUCCCUUGGAGCAGAACGCCGGUACACCUUGGCAUGUGGCGGGAUAUUUCCCGUGCACCACUUCACCUCUGCCCCCUUCAGCAGGUAUUAAUAGGAAGGGAGGAGCAGAUCCACCGAAAGCAGUCGAGAGACUGGAGCACAUUCCAUUAGCGGGAGGGAGGGACGGACGGCAGGUGAGAUUCACUGCGUUAUUUUCAGAUGUUCCCAGCAAUUAUUUAUAAAGGGAGGCUUCAGUCUGAGACGAGCCGAGUCAGCCUGAAACGGGACUACAGGCUUCGACAAACACACACUCUGGGAUUCACGGAUGAAGAGCACUAAAAUGUUAAAAACUAACAAAUCAUCCCUCCUUUGCCUUGCCCGCAUAGCUAUUUAUUGUCUCUGCGAAAAUGUUAAUGUAAAUAGUUUACAGAAAGAUCUCUAUGUUUAUCCACAAAUGUAUUUAUUAGAUAUACUAAAUAUAUAGAUGAAUAUAUAGAAAUAUAUUUAAUUAGUCCUAGCUUCUGGUCUUCUCGUGCGUUGUUUUUGGGGAGUUGCUGUAGUUUGCACAGCCUCGUCCACCCAGUAUGUAGACACGUCCCUUGUGCCUCCAGGCUUUUCUGUCCAAAAUGAAAUGUUUUCUCUGUGGUUGAUCCUAAUUUUUAGCUUUCAAAGCCGUCUCGCCCUUUGAUGCGGGAAUAAAAAGGACAAAAAAAUCUAAAUAAUUUAUUAUAAAAAUGUAAUUUAAAAAAAAAAAGUAUAAAAAGGAGAGGAGCGGGUGGCCGGGAUGAGCUGCGGGUACGAUUCCUCUGCCAAAGCCGCGUUGCCUGUCGGGACAACAUGGCCGCUGCGCCUCGGGAAGAGUUAAGCGCUUUGUUUGGUCCGCAAUCAUCCCGUGGGGGGGGUGGGGGGCAGCAGCCCUCCGAAUGUAGACGUCCUCAGCCCCGCAGUGUAGCAGCACGGGGCCAAUGCAACGCCCCUGCUGCUGCGUGCCACCGCUCGCUCAUCUCACUUACAGCAUGAAGAGGAGUCACAACAUAUAGAUCUAGGAAUGUUUAGUGUUUGAUUGUGGAAUGCUGCUUUUAUCUUUUGAUUUUCUUCUUCUUUUUCCAAAACGGAAGGCGCCGUGUAGCCACGUUAUAAGGGAGACGGACUAAAGGGGGACAUGUAACGAAAACAAGGUGUUCACUGAAAAGCCAACUGUCGGUGUGUGCAUGUGUAUACAGAGUGUGUGUGUGUGUGUGUCACUGUCUUCAGAGAGACAUUUUGGGGUGGUGGCGGGUGGGUGAAAUGAAUUGUAAGGCUAAAUUUCUGUUCUGGUUCUUUGUUCAUUUGUUUACUAGUUAAAUGCAAAAAAAAACUUCAUGUAUGAACCUCAGCAUCGACGUCUGUCUCUGGGAGAAAACAGUUUUUCCAUCCAUGGCCUGUUGUCUGUCUUCCAAAAAUUUGUGUGUGUGUGUGCGUUUCUGCUGUACGGGUGCCGGUUCUCAUGCAAUGUGCACACGUGCGAGCGUGACUCCCACAUGGUGCGUUUGAGUCCCCGGUGCAGCGAGGCAGGUGUGCGUGGGGGAGGUGGGGGGAGGGCAGUGUGUGCGUGAAUGAUCCCCUGCAGGCUCUUGCUCUUCACCUCCACCCGUCCUCCCCUCUAAGAAAAAAGAAAAAAGAGACCCUGGUGCUCUCAGCAUCUGCCUUAAAGAAGCAGGUGUGGAAUCUCUCAAAGAACACGACUACAGUCCGACCAGUCGUUUUAAGCUACACGUUUCAGCUUCGGGGGGGUGGGGGCAACAUGUGUGUAUUUGAUUUUUGCACAUUUUGUCCCUGCGUACAAAGUGGCUGCUAAUGCCUUAAAAACAGACACGGCCUACCGGAAGUAUGUGAUAUGUAUGAGUGAGCGAGAUAUAUCGACAUCACAAGGGCCAUUCCUUUUCAUUGUGACGGUCACUGGCGUGGUGCUUUCAUGCGUUACACAACACACACACACACACACACACCCCGUCAUAGCUCCAUGAACAUCAUCGCCGCCUUUCUCCUCAGAAAGAUCAAAUGUAUGUUUAUUGAACAAUAACUUAAAGGAGGGAGUUUGUGCACUUACUUUUUGAGAAUUGGAUCAUUUGGACACUGUCGUCUAAAGAAGUCACUUCCAAUGUGGAGGAAAAGUGAAUCGUUGAGCAGCAAUUUGUAUUUGCCAUUGAUAUUAGAGGAAUAAAACAUUUGAAACACUUGUUUACCUACCUAUA